AUGAAUCUCCUUUUCACAAGACAGGGGAGUCCCCUUAACUAUAUCUGUGACAGGAAAUACAAGUUAAUGGCCAUCAUAGGAGGACUCACCUCUCAGAACUCCAAGCAGAUGCCCCACAUUUUCAAUAUCUACAAAAUGCCACAGCUUCAUCCUUUUCUGAAAUAUGUCCGUUUCAACAACAGUGCUGGCGAAGAAAUAUUUUUUGAUGACAAAGGGAAAUUGGCAGGUGGCUAUGAUAUCAUCAACACAUUCACAUUCCCCAAUCAGUCCCUCUAUCGAAUACAUAUUGGCAGGAUGGAUCCCCAGGCUCCUGUAGGAAAAAAGUUUACCAUUGAUGGAAGUGCUGUGCAUUGGAAUCCCAAGUUUUAUCAGAAACCUCCCCAGUCCAGGUGUGUUACGCCUUGUUUUCCUGGACAGAGCAAGAUCAUCCAUCAAGGUGAACCAGUUUGUUGCUACCUUUGUCAACAGUGCUCUGAAGGAAUGAUAUCAAACCAACUAGAUUCAGAACACUGCAAGAAAUGUCCAGUGGAUGAGUAUCCAAAUGAGAACCAAAAUCAAUGCAUCUCUAAAGAAAUAAUCUAUUUGUCAUUUGAAGAACCCUUGGGAAUUGUCUUGACUUCCUUUGUUCUCUUUUUUUCUCUAACCACACUUGUUGUGAUGUGGAGUGUCAUUCGUCAUCGAAAUACUCCUAUCAUCAAAGCUAAUAACAGAAGCAUUACUUAUACACUGCUUUCCUCUUUGCUGCUCUGCUUUUUGUGCUCUUUUCUGUUCAUUGGCCAUCCCGGCAAGGUAUCUUGCAUUCUUCGGCAAAUAUUCUUUGCCAUUGUUUUCUCUAUUGCGAUUUCUUCAGUGCUGGGUAAAACCAUCACAGUCAUCUUGGCCUUCAUGGCCACGAAGCCCGGAAACAGGAUGAAGAAAUGGUUCGGGAGGAGAUUGACAGCUUCAAUCAUCGUUUCUUUGACUUUUGUUCAAGUUGCCAUCUGUGUCAUAUGGUUGGUAAUCUCACCCCCAUUUCUAGAGUUGGACACACACUCCUACAAUGAUCAGAUAGUUGUGCAGUGCAAUGAAGGCUCAGACAUUAUGUUUUACAUUGUCCUUAGCUAUAUGGGCUUUCUGGCUGUUAUCAGUUUCACUGUGGCUUUCUUUGCAAGGAAGUUGCCCAACACUUUCAAUGAAACCAAGCUAAUUACAUUCAGCAUGUUGGUGUUUUGUAGUGUUUGGAUCUCUUUCGUGCCCACUUACCUGAGCACCAAGGGAAAAUCCAUGGUGGUUGUGGAGAUCUUCUCCAUCUUGUCUUCUAGUACUGGAUUGCUUGGUUGCAUUUUUCUCCCUAAAUUAUUUGUAAUUGUACUGAGGCCAGAGUUAAAUACCAGGGAACACCUUGUACACAAAAGGAAUAAUUGA